AUGUCGGACAUGAAAGCCACCGUCGAGCCCACCAACAAGGGCUUCAGCGUGUGCGGCUACGAGAAAAUCGAGUACGACUUUGAGUUCCUCGACGGCGUCUUCGACAUGGCCAGCCCGCAGCUUGCCGCCUGCUACCAGCAAUGGGACCGCUGCCUGGCCGUCAUGGACCUCAACAUGUUCACCCUCUACGGCGACCAGGUGCAGCGAUACUUUGACCACCACGGCAUCGAGCUGCGCGUCCACAAGACCUUGAUUGGGGAAAAGGCAAAGAGCAUCGACACACUGCUCAAAAUCUUCGACACCAUGAACGACUUUGGCGUCUACCGCAAAGAGCCCGUCCUCGUGGUCGGUGGCGGGCUCGUGACUGAUGUUGCUGGCUUCGCCUGCGCCGCCUACCGCUGCAACACAAACUACAUCCGCAUCCCAACCACCGUCAUCGGCCUCAUCGAUGCGUCCGUCUCCAUCAAGAAGACGCUCGAUCUGCUUGACCAGCAUUGCGAGGCCCUCAUCGACACUGGCGUCGGCCGCGCCGACGAUGCCUCGGUGGAGUUGAGAGAGGCGGCUGAUCGCAUCUGCCGCGCCGGCAUCUGUGAGAUGCUGAAGCUUGAGACGCCAAAUCUGCACGAGAUUAUGCUCGAUCGCGUCAUUGCAUAUGGCCACACCUGGUUUCCCCUGCACGAGCUCGUCCCAGAUCCUCCCCUGCGCCACGGGCACGCUAUCUCCAUCGACAUGGCCUACUCGGCCACUCUCGCCCACGUCCACGGCCUCCUCUCCGCCGAUGACCACAUGCGCCUGCUGCGCCUCAUUUCCCGCGCCGGCCUCUCCAUGGACCACGCCCAACUGCGCACUGCCGUGCCCGUCAGCCCCAUGGGCGAGUGCGUCUUCCUCAACGACGUCACCCACGACAUGUGCGCUGCCCUCGAAGCGCACAAGGCUCUGAUGCGCCAGUUUCCCCGCAGCGGAGAGGGCCUCGACGCCGUUGUCGACGCGAGCGACACGGGCUACACCGUCCACGGCAAGCCCCUCGAGGCUGAGGCCGUGGACCGGUCACAGCAGAAAGGCGCCAAGGUGCCCGUCAGCGGUCACAAUGACCACAUUAACGGCCAUGCGAAUGGUCACGCCAGCAAUGGCGUUCCUGGUGGGUUGGAGGACAGCAUAGACAAGCCCGGCCACGGCGCUCCGAGGUUCGCAGUGGCUGUUGUGGAUGGAAAUUGA